AUGCGAACAAUAACUGUGGAAAGCGCAAUUAACAUAAAAAGUACUUACAGACGUCAGCUACGGUCAUUAGUUUUUCCUCCCACAGCACCCACCCGAGUACAGUUUAUCGGUGGAAUUGGUUUGCCAGCCGUUAACUUACAUUUAGGAUCUGUAACAUCUGGCUAUGUGUUGAAAGCUGAAUAUUUCUUACCUGAGCGUGCUGAACAUUUUCAUCAAAAUAUUAAACCAUUACGUAUACAUGGACGCAGUAUAAAUCAUCGAAUCAGACAAAUAGCUAACAAUACGGCCGAACAUAAAAACGUUUACAAUGUUUUGCAUGCAGGUGAUAAUUAUAAAAAUCAAUAUAAACAGAAUGUGUUUACUCAUCGUUGGUUACUGUAUGCAGCAAUUGAAAUGAUUUUAGAACGAUGGUCGUUAAACGGACGCAUAUGUUUUUUACGUAGCAUUUGCGAGUACGCUGCUGAACCUAUUGACGAUGAAAGCGGCGAUUUGCUAUCACAACUUUUGCAUAUCAUCCUAACACCUUCAAUGACGCGCCGCAAUGAUGCAAUUUCUCCAGUCGCGUUUAUUUACUUGAAUGCUGAAACUCUGGGGCGAAGAGGUGGACGCUGUGAAGAAAUUUAUGAUAAAUGCAAAAUUUCAUUAAUAGAUACGAUAUCAGUUAUAUUUAACCAUGAUGGUUAA